GAACGCUGAGAAAAUUUAUCGAUCUUUGGAAGACAUCGCGGAUCUCGUACUAUCUAAUCUAAUCUGAUCACAUUUUUUUCAAGCGACUGAUAAUGAUCUGAUGAGCGCCGACGGCGAUACGAAAAUUGACUCGCUGCCCGUCAUUUCCCAAGUUGCUCGUCUUCCACCCUCACUCCCGCUCUAACUGCGAUUUUCUACGACAGCCACGGAGAGUACUUGACAGAAGGAUUCGGGACGUGGACGUCACCUCCCGGCACUGUGCUUACCGCCACCGACGUGACUUGGAGCACAGCACUCGACAAUCCUUGAUUUAGUAUCUAGAGGAUCCCAAAGAUCGCUCUCUCCUCCCCCCCACAUUCUAUCGCACCGCUAGAACUUGCCCUCCCACUCUGAUAACGCUUUCCGACAUGUCCGGACCCUUCGUAUACGUCCCUGAAGAGGAUCCGUCAUCUCCGCUCGCGGCAGGUGCCGCGGCACUUCCGCCGUGCAACUUCUACCCGUCCCCGCACGGCGGCCCGUCUCCCUUCCUGCCACCGUCCCCGUUCCUCUCGUCCUCCCCGUACCUCGGCUACACACCGCUCGCUCCGUCCGACACACCGCUCCCUAGGGCCACAACCGUGCAGUGGGCGGACCAGGUUCCUACUCGCCAGCGCACGACGUCGUGGCAGGGUCCUGCACCCCAGCAGGGUGGAGCGUCGCCGUUCCUGCAGCCCACGACACCCGCCUUUGUGCAGUCGCACCAGCGCUCCGUGUCAUGGGGCUCCGAAGGUGCCCCGCCGCGCCCAGCCUGGAUCCACUCCUACUCGUCGCCCGCCCCCCCACAGUGGAACCCCCAGAGCCAGCCACCGCCAUCGCAAGACUCCGUGCACCCGUUCCUGAACGGCGACGCGCCCUCGCCGUACUUCUUCUUCGACCUGGCGCCCGCGCGGUUCUCGCCCCUCAAGAUGACCGCACCGGACCGCGGCGCACCGCUCGACGCAGCGGACUUCGCGAUCGGCGCGUUCCACCCAGCGCGCACGGACGUCCGCAUCCUGCAUCCGGACAUCCCGUUCUGGCCCGUCGACCUGCGCAUCCCCGACCAGGCGCGGCAGCAGUACCAGCAGCGCAACCAGCUCCUGCCCCCGAUAGCCCUAGGCGACGUGCUCGUGUCGUUGCACCGCGCGCUGCACACGCGCAUCGACGCGACGGACUGGGAGAUGCUCCCGCGGGAGACGCAGGCGCGCGUCGCGGCGGCGUUCACGAAGCGGUGUCGUGCCGAGGCGGUGAGGAGUGGUGCACCGCCGGCGCAGCUACGCGACAGCGAGAUGCGCGUCCGCACGGAUGGAGUCAAGCGGGUCGAUUUCCUGCUGGGAAAGACAGUGGUGAAAGGGCUUGUGAAGGAUCGUCAAGAUCCGGUGGGUUGCUUGAGGCUGGUGACGGCGUAGCGCACAUGAGGGUAGGGGAGAGAGCGAGUGUGUAUGGAUAUGUAUUCUUGGGUGUUCUUGUGUUUUGUAUGUUCGUGAUCUGGGUUACGUUACAGGGUCUAUUAAGUUCCAGUUUUUUGUUUGACUUGCAAUCGUAGUGUAGCGCAAAAUAUUAAUUUUCAGUGGAAAGCACCAGGCGACGACAACAAAAACUUGACAAGAGUGGGAUUUGAACCCACGCCCCAUUGCUGAGAUGAGAAACCCGAAUUUAUCGGGCAAGCCAAACGCUUGAGUCACACUCCUUAGACCA